UUUCUCCUGAACGGGUCAGCAACAAUGAACGGAUUCUCUUAGUCAAUUCUUAUCAUUCGAGCCAUUCAGACAACGAAGACAAAGCUGCUUAGAAUCGGUAAUAUCCACAGAAAAGGUGGAUCUUGGAAACAUGGAAAGAAUCCGUAAGCUGGUUGCUCAACUACAAAUCUCUGUGCGAGAUGACGAAAGUGAUUAUUUUCGCACGAUGGACUACUUCCUGAUCCUGGGAGGCAUCCAACUGCUGUCGAAAAAUCCCGUCCACCAAGUGUUGUUUCUCUGCUACCGAAUGCUAAUGACGGUCCAGUUCUCCGUUUGGUUUGACCGAGUAUAUGUGGCUUACUCGGAGUGGAACUCGACCAGCGAGCUUAUUGGAGUGAUUAGCUUCUUGCUGGGACUGGUAAUGAUCGUGGUAAGGGCAAUAAUUAUCCGAUUGUAUCUAGAAGACAUCUAUGCGGCCAGAAAGUAUUUAGGGGCACAGCUUAAUGGCCUCCGUAUGUCAGAAAGUCGAAUCCAAUCGUACCGUUUGCUGCGUCGUAUUGGUCUAGUGCUGGAAUACACUUUUUUCGCUGACCAGAUUUUGUUCUAUGCAUUCGGAAUCUAUCAGGACAAACAGUACACGGUUCCAGAUAAUCUUAGCCGGUUAGGCUGGCAAAUGAAGUUACUCUUCAACAUCAUCAUUUCCACUAACCAUUUCGUAUUUUCGUCCGUUUAUGCGACAAUUUUAACAGUUCAGAACACAUUGCUCAUGGGCAUUGGGGCUGAGCUGGAUGUUAUUCUGGCACAAUGUGAUGGGAUCAUGGCACGGGUGGACGAAAAAUUGAAGAACGCAGUCGAUCGAGAUGGGGAUCAGAGAAUGUUAUAUGAUGUACGGGGAAGUAGAGCGGAGUAUUUUUUCUGGAAACUCAUGAAGAGAGAAUUGAACGUGACAGUUGCUCGACACUCUCGUCUGUUGGAACAAAUUGACAUUCUUGGAGGUUUCUUUAAGAUGAACUUCCUGGUGAUGUUCUACAUGGCGAUCGUGAUCAUCGGUUGUGCUUCAUUCUAUGUCAAUAUGCUGGGUUUAACGGUAAACACCGUCAUCAUUCUCAGUUACGUUGGAGCAAUUCUGCUGGAGUCUUACUGGUUCUGCAAAAUUGCAGACAACAUGAAUGACACGAACAGUCAAAUCGGUGAAUCUCUGUACAACUUAGGUUGGUCCGAACGGAUGCCGGAGAUGCCUGAAGCGAGGAAAGAGUACUUUGAAAUCCGGGAGACGCUGCUGAUUGUGAUGACCAAGGUGCAGCAAGAUCUGGGCAUCAGCUGUGGAGGAAUGUUUGGACUGUCGAUGCAGGCGUUUCAUGAAUUGCUCAAGAUGAUUUACUCGUUUUUGACGUUUUUGCUGAACACCACUUCUUAAUUUAACCAAAUUCACUUAUCUAAGUAUUUAGAGAGGCAAUGGGUUAACGACAGACAGAAAUAUCCGUGAAAGUUUUAACUAGAUUAAAUGGGUCUUCGGGUAGUAAAACUUAUGCUGAAACUAAAAUUACGUUAGUUCUGAUGAAAAUGAAAAACUUGAGUUUUAAAACAAAAAUUGAGGUUUUUAAUGAUGUAUAGCUAUUUAGGGUCAAAGCGUGAAGAAAAGCAAUUUUCUUUUGUUAUUACCUAUUUAAUAUUGCAGAUGAAUGUUUGACUUUGUUUUUCAACUAAAAACAGGGUUGGAAAUUGGAUUUUGGACAGCUAUUUUGAAAACAGGACCUAUGUGCACUGUAGUCAUCCAGAUACCUUUAAAUAUGAGCAACGUUUCAUAUUUCCACUAACAACCGUCCUAGAAACCACAUUACCCAAAAAUCUUAAAGACAGCUUACUCUUUCACAAAGGUUGCAUUUCACGCGUGGGAUAUGUGCCGCAAACUAGGAUAUUUUUCAACAUCAACCACAAUCCCUCCAUCCCUUACACAAUGCCCAGUGCAUUCUUAACCCAGUUAGUCGCCUGAUUCUUGUUUGCCAUUGCGGUUUCAAAUUCUGGCAAAAAAGGAGGACGAACGGAAUUUAAUUUUCGGCAAAUUUCCAACGAGAUUAAACUUAAAUUGGCCAAGGCUUCUGCUGAUGCUUCGUCUUCAUACUCCAAAUUUCAAAUUAUCAUGACGAUGGCGACAAAGACGGCACUGCCAAAGGGACGACGGCGGCGGCUUGCCAAGAGCAGAAGAGCGAAAGUCUCGUUUCGAAAAAUGGCCCCGGGGUGACAAAUUUCCGUUACCGGGAUCCUGCAAAGGCUGUGGAAGCAGGACUGAAGGAGACCGAGUCGAAAAUUCGAGAGCAUUGUGAACGAGGUUUCUGAUAAAAGGGCAAUUUAGGCGAACCCGCAGGGCCUCUUAGAAAUUGUGUAUCUCUCGUCGUUGGACAGUCGUUUAUUCAACGUUUGUUUAGGAGCUGCUCUGAUGCUGAGCAACAUGAGGAAUUUGAAAGGAUGAUUGGAAUACAACUCGGCAUGUCGUCGCUUGUUUACACGAUGGAGACGUUGUGCUAGGAUUUAUGUUUGCGGGAGGGAUCGUGAUUUCUGGUUUACAUGUGAGAAAAUGGUGCUUAAUUCUUGUGGUUAGAAUGAAAUUCAAUUAGUUGGAGAGAACCCAAGAGAAUCGAGCUUCUUGUUACAAAACCGCAAUUUUUGUUAUCAGCUGAAUACGAACAUUCCACAUCUGAAUAUAAUAACUCACCAAACUUAUAUUUUGGAAAUGUUGAGACAGUACUGGACAUAUGAGACGAUAAAUUCGUAUUUCCUAAUUUAUUAUUAUCAUGCAACCUUGUUAUUCAUUUAUGAUGAAGAUUAUCAUUUUUGUAGCGUGCAAGAAUCAAAUUAGAUAUAUAAACACGAAAUUGGACAAUGCAUUUUAUUGACGUAUUUCAGUACCUAAUUGACCAAUCUCAGAAUGUGGCCUCCAAUGCCAGACGCAACCCAGAUAUGUCUUGAAUAUGGUAAGCUUGUACAUCGUGUAAUAUUUUUGACUCCUGGAAUAAUGACAUAUAACUGAUAAUAAAUCUUCGAGCUGUUUAGUGGAAUAUUUGUAAGUAAAUGAAAAACCAAAUUUAGUACU